UUUCAGGAUUGAAGUGGAUUUAGGGAUGAAUGGAUGACUGAAUAUUCAUAUGAAGAGGAAAGCCAUAAAAGACAUCAACGCCCUCGAGAACAGAAUGUUAAUGCUUGAUGGGAUGCCGGCAGUCAGAGUCAAAACAGAGCUGCUGGAAUCCGAGCAAGGGUCUCCAAACGUCCACAACUACCCAGAUAUGGAAGCUGUACCCUUAUUACUAAACAACAUGAAGGCAGACCCUGUGGAGGAUUCAUUAUCUACAGACCAUUUCCAAACACAAACUGAACCAGUGGACUUGUCAAUAAACAAAGCCAGGUCGUCCCCUACAGCAGCUUCAUCUUCACCAGUUUCCAUGACAGCAUCAGCUUCCUCACCUUCUUCUACUUCUACUUCUUCUUCUUCUAGUCGACCAGCUUCAUCACCCUCAGUAAUAACAUCGGUAUCCUCAGCAGCAUCUGUACCGUCAGUAUUAACUCCAGGUCCUCUUGUGGCCUCUGCAUCUGGUGUUGGAGGCCAGCAGUUUUUGCACAUUAUCCAUCCAGUACCACCUUCAAGUCCCAUGAACUUGCAGUCCAACAAAAUGAGUCAUGUGCACCGUAUCCCUGUUGUGGUACAGUCAGUACCUGUUGUCUAUACAGCUGUGAGAUCACCUGGGAAUAUGAACAACACUAUAGUAGUACCACUGUUGGAGGAUGGGAGAAGUCAUGUCAAAGCACAAAUGGACCCCCGAGGCCUAUCUCCCAGACAAAUUAAAAGUGACAGUGAUGAUGACGACCUGCCAAAUGUGACCUUAGAUAGCGUUAAUGAAACUGGAUCUACAGCGCUCUCCAUAGCCAGAGCAGUACAAGAUUCAAUUUCACCAUUCAGUAUUGAGAGCACAAGGCGUCAGAGGAGGUCUGAGUCUCCAGACUCCAGGAAGCGACGCAUCCAUCGGUGUGACUUUGAGGGAUGCAACAAAGUAUACACAAAAAGUUCCCACCUGAAGGCUCACCGGAGAACGCACACAGGUAGUGGAAGGUUUAAGUUUUAUACUGUGAAACACAAGUAUUUCCUCUUGAUGGUCAUGGUGGAGCAAUGCCUGGAGCAUCCAGGAGGAGUAACAAUACCA